AUGCUCCUGCUGUCAAGCAGGUACAACAGGGCCAUCGGCGCUUUGAUCAGCAUCGCUUUGAUUCUCUUACUCUAUAUCACCCUUGCCACAGAGACAACGCGGUCAUGGUUGGCAAUCAGUUCGAAUUUCAGGAUCAGGCCGACACCAAACCCUUUCACAGUAGAAGAGCUAUACCAAGAGGUCAACAUUACAGAUUGGGGCGGCAUGGGUAGACGGGUCAAGAAAUUGUCACACUGGGCCACAUCACUUAUCAAAGACCCGUCUGCGGAUCGAAGUGCAUUUGAGAGCGCCUUGUUGUUGCUCUUCGACUUUCUGCGGUCCACUGAAGGAUCAAUCUACAAGCCAUGGUCUUCUUCAACCAACUCAACAACAUCCUCGUUGCAGCUCGGAAUCGUCGUAUGCGUCGGAUCCAAAAAUGUCCACAUGGCCGGCCAUCUCAUCGCCAGUCUCCGUCGAGUGCAUGACUCAAAGGCAGCGAUCGAAGUCGCUUACGCUGGAGACGAUGACUUGAGUCCCGGCAAGCGUGCAUUUUUAAAGACUCUAGAUCCAGAGCUGUCCUUUAUUAACCUGCUUGAUGUGUUCCCCACCAUCCAAUCCGAUCUGCUUGGUGGUGGCUGGGCCAUGAAGCCGUUUGCUCUUCUGGCAUCUUCCUGCCCCCGAGCCAUCCUGGUUGAUGCGGAUGCCAUCUUCCUCAGCAACCCCGAUAGCAUUUUCGAUGCCCAUCCUGGCCUCUCUCGCACGGGGGCUUUGUUUUUCCAUGACCGCGGCGCCGGAUCCGGAGGGUCCACCCGUGGUAAACAGUGGCUUGAACAGCAAAUGCAAGCAGCGAGUAUCUCGCCCUCACAUCAUCUGACAAACGAAUCACUCUUUUGGAGUGGCCAAGUGGAUUAUGAAGCGGACAGCGGCGUCGUUGCUCUGGACAAGUCUCGGCCCGCAAUUGUUCUUGGACUUAUGUUUGCUACUUGGAUGAAUACCAAGAAAGUCCGUGAUGCCGUCACCUACACCAUGUUUCAUGGAGACAAAGAGACCUUUUGGAUUGCCAUGGAACUGAGUGGAGUCGAGUACUCCUUUGACCCAUGGUACGCCGGAGCCAUAGGCGAGAUCACUGACCGAGAAGAUUGGGACGAAGGUGACAGACAGAGGGCGUCGGGAUUGGGACGACAAGAGAAGGAAGAGUCGGUGGUCCUGCCCGAGCCAGAGAAAUUGUGUAGUGACCAUAUGUUACAUCUGGAUCACUCGGGCCAGGCACCGUUUUGGUUCAACGGUGGAAUGUACCGCGACAAGAGGACAGAUACACUUGAACUGGCCCGAAUGACGCAUUAUUGGGUGGGCAAUACGUCUGACAUACGGCUCACGCAGCCCGAGUCGGGGUGGUUUUGGUUAAAUGGUGUGAUUGCAUGUCUGUUGGAAAGGAAUAUCAUGGUGCUCCCAGAGGAGGUCAAGCGGGUGGUUGAGAGGAUAGAAAAGGAAGCGAAACGGGUGGAUGAAUUGGCGGUGGAUUUCAAAUGGGAAGGACAGGGGAUUUUAUAG